AUGCCCCAAGCAAGCCCAGGCCCGUACCAGUAUGCCGGGUACAACGGCCCCUUUGCACCUCCGCAGGCACCAUACGAUUACUCGCAGGUUUAUGCCCCAGUCGACGGACAGCCAUACCACCCGAUGGGCCCUCCCGGCUAUGGCCUCCACCCAGGCAAUCCGUCGUACAUGCCCUCUCCUGCCAUGAUCAACCCUGGUGUGGCCCCACCUCCAGCUAUGCCGCCGCCUGGCACCGAUUCCAUGAAUGGCAACGGGGACUUGGGUCACAGCACAGCCUCGUUCGACAAGGAGGCGCUGAAGAACGCCCCAGGUCUGUCUUGUAAAGCUUGCCAGCUCCAAUCCACCCAUCACCUCAUGGGCGCGUACUACCAGAAGCCAGAGGAGCGGAAAACGUACACUGUUCUCACCCUGUUCCAGCACUUCCGUGCCCAGCAUUUGUCAAGCAAUCCUUCCGGCAUGGGCUAUGGGCAGGCGCCCGCUGCUCUGGAUUGGAAAGAGGACAUGAUAGAACUGCCCGGUGAGCGCAUCAUAUCAGGACUUAUCCAUGCUCCCGGCAUGGAUGAUGAGAAACUGCUUAUGAUUGCGACUACCUUUCCGAGUUUGUUCCCCCAUCCUCUUCCAACGAUUGGCAAGAUCGAGGACGACGGGUUGACCUCGCCUACUUCCUCGGUUCCUAUGAAAGACGCGCUCCGUGCAAGUGGCACUCCGGGCGCUGCGCUGGACAGGUCCAGUGUUAACGUGCGUGGAUCGCGCACUCAGUCGCCGCGGCCAUCAAAGCCGGUGGACGAUGAAUACAACCCCGACCGUCCAUCUACUGCCACAGACCGCGCAAACCAGCCGCCGAGCCUGGGGCAGGAAGCAUAUUAUCUGGAUGAUGGCUACGGGCGUCCUCGAGAAUACAUGGAGUAUGCUCCAAGCCCUCGCAUGUUCCACUCUGCCCCUGUCUAUGACGAAUACUCUGGCCGGCGUACUGGGUUCCGCGAGGCCGAUCGUUUCUACGGCCCGCCCACGGAAUAA